AUGCAUAAAGCAUACGAGCACGGAAUUGCAGAAGUCUAUGCACCAUUGUUAGUCAAUGCACAAAAAAAUUUAAAAUUUACACAUUUGAUAACAUCACAUUCAGCAUUUGGUAAAAAUAUAUUCCCCAGAGUUGCUGCAAUAUUAGAUGUCGCUCAAAUAUCUGAUAUAAUUGAUAUUCAAGGUUCCGACGUUUUUGUUAGACCAAUUUAUGCUGGAAAUGCCAUUGCAACUGUAAAAUCAAAAGAUCCUAUAAAAAUUCUAACAGUUCGUGGAACUGCUUUUCCACCUGCUACAGCUGGUAGUACUGAUGCAUCAUCAGUUGUAACUGAGGCUGCACCUGAAGCAGAAAAACCAACUCUUACAGAAUGGAUCAGUGAACAAAUUCAAAAAAGUGAUCGACCUGAACUUGACUCUGCAACCAAAGUUGUAUCAGGUGGUAGAGCAUUGAAAAGUCGUGAAAAUUUUGAUAAACUUGUUUAUAACCUUGCAGAUGCUCUUGGUGCUGCUGUUGGUGGUUCCAGAGCUGCAGUGGAUUCGGGAUAUUGUGAUAAUGCAUUGCAGGUUGGACAAACAGGAAAGGUUGUUGCACCAGAUUUUUAUUUGGCAGUUGGUAUUAGUGGAGCUAUACAACAUAUAGCUGGUAUGAAGGAUAGUAAAAUAAUAGCAGCUAUAAAUACAGACCCAGAAGCACCAAUCUUUCAGAUUGCUGAUUUGGGCCUAGUUGCAGAUUUAUUUACAGCUGUUCCAGACUUGACAGAAAAAUUAAAGAAAAAUUAA